GACACAUGGGCAUCGUAAUCACUCAAUAAAAGUUUUCCCGCGCGACUGUUAGGAUCAUUGAAAUUUCACUAUUCAUCCAAGUUUCAUGAAAAUAGAACUCUUCAACUAGGCUAUCUUGCGAAACAAGUACUGCUGGAGGUUUCAGUUCAGUGUGUUCUUUGCUAAAUUAGCAAUAAUGGAGGUUGGUGCAAACCAAAAUCUACGACAUGAUCGAAUGAGUGAUUGUCGGAGUAUUGGAAGCAAUUGUUACCCAUCCAGCCAAUCUAGGAAGAUCUCUAUUGGAGUUGUGGUUGACUCAGUCACCAAGAAAAAAUCUGGACCUGCAAAGGAAGAUAAGGUCACAGUGCUAGGUGCAGAAAAGAUGAAUCCUAAUGUGGAGAAUUCCAUGGAAGUGAGAAAGAAGGGGCAAAGAGUCACAACUCCUGGUAAAGGGAAACCAACAGACACACUGGAGCAAGAGAGUUCCCCAUGGAUUACUACUAGAUCACUUUACCAGCAAGCACAUGUUCCAGAGACCGUUCUUCAUGCACAACCAGCCACUAGUGGCUGUCAAAACAAGUUUAAUGGACAAAAUAAUGAAAUGGCAGCAUGCUCGGUUCAAUCUUUUGUGAACAAGACAUCAAUUCUACAACCUGGUGAUGGCAAGCAGAAACACUUUGAUGGGUUUAGCUACAAAAGGAAGGGAGUGAAGGAUGGAACCACAGAAAUGAUGGAGGAAUUUACCUUUGCAACUACACAAGAAGUUGAUGCGUCCAACAAAAUGGCAAUAGAGGAUAAAGCAGGUAAAACAGGAAACAAGACCGAAUCUUUGAGAAUGAAGCUCUGGGAAAUACUGGGAAAUGUUUCUUCCCCUACAAAUGAGUAUUCAAACUCUCAGAGACAUAAGGUUGGUGCCAAUGAUAUAGAGCCGGGGCAGAAUUUUGAUCAGAAGGUCGGUACAGUUGCCAGGCGUGGACAUAAUUCAGAUACAAUAGAAACUGAUUCUGAAGCUUCUGAUCAUGCUAGUACGAGACCUGUAACUCAUACUUUGAUCCGAAAAGGAGCACCACUGAAAGUGCAAAUUAAGGUGACUACAUGUGGUCCAUCCACUGGUUACAUGCAGAAGCACAAACAGAAGAACUUUUCUUUAGAUGAAGGAUGGUCGGGGAGAGUAAAUAGUGCUGUCAAUAGUGGUUCCUCAAAGCUUACGAGGAAGAACAUUGAGAGUAUUAGAGUUAAGCCACGCAAGAUUGUAUUUCCUAAAAAGGAUAUGACAGAUAAGAUUCAGGAAACAAGUUAUAGGAGUGAAACAACAGUUCCUGCUGAGAAAACAUUUUCACAUGGCAAUAAAAUGGAAGAUAUUCAUGAUUGCAUAUCUGAGGAUGAGAGAGAGUGGCUUGGACCGGAGAAUAAAAUCCUAGAGCAAAAUUCGCAUCAACCGCCAUUGAUAGACAAGGCCAGUCAGCAGGAGGAGUUCAAAAGUCCAGGAAAUGGGGACCGUUGCAUUUUCGCCGGUUUCUUAGCUGAACUCUUGUCCUUCUGCCUUUUGUAUUUCCUUAUUGAACUUCAGGGUGAUGCAGGGGAGCUUAAAAGUUCUCCACCCAUGGAAUCUGUGGCUGCUAUUGAAGAGAAAGAUACAGAAGAUGAUUUGUCUGAAUCAUCAGCUGAAGAGAGGGACUGUAAGAGUUUGGAAGAGGGUUCACCCAUCAUUGAAGCAUAUACUGGUUGCGGAGAAAGAGAUACAUUACAUUCAGAACCCGGUGAUGCCGAUCAGCCAAAAUUCAUGCUCCAUUCAACCAAAAGGCUCUGGACCUGUGAAGGCAUUAGAUUUGAUAAUAUUAAUCCCACCUCAUCCUCUCCAAAAGGGACUGGAGAAAGUAAUUGGAUCCACGAACCUUUAGAGGAGAGCCAAGAGGAUGAACUGCUGAGGGCUAUCAAACUCUUUGCCUUGGAACUACAAAAAACUCAAAGCAAAAUAAAGUCAGAGACCACAAAAAAAUCAUCUAGAAUCCUAAUGUCCAUUUCUGAUGGAAUAUAUUUUCAGCUGCAGAACCUUGAGUCUCAUAUUCAGAAAGACGUAGGGAAGAUCACAGCCCUCAGUAAAAAACGAAAAGAAUUGAAGUUGAUUCAUGAAAAUUUUAAAGAAGAUAUUAAUCGGCAUCUCCAGGACUACAGAGCAUUGGAAGGGCUGGAAACACACCACAUAGAGCUUAAGGGGACCAUGGAGAAGCAAAAAGCAUCACACCGGAAGCUUCUCUUGCAAGUGGAAGAAGCUCUUGAAGCCCAACUUAAUGAUGCCCAAAGAAGAAUCGCAGCCAUCCAUGAGUUGGCAAGAGGAAAGACGCUCCAAUUGAAAGGCGUGAUAUCAUUGUGUUUGAAGGAUGGCAUUCUUAGUUGAAAGGAUUUCUACUGCUAUCUAGGAAGACGGACUUCGGCUAGAGUUCAAAGAGUCCCGAGGACAUUCAUCCAUGCUUAGAAGUGACCAUCCAAGCCUUUGCAUCUCGUAGGGGUCGAGAAGGUGCUGGCAAGGUGCUGUGUUGUAUGCAGAAGAAGAGGGAAGUAGCAGUUAGCCGUCGGUGUUCAAUUGUUAUUAAGGGAAGGAGGAAACGGUGUCGUGUUGUAAUCGAGGAAAGAAUUAAGUGGAACUCUGCCGUUUAGCUUUAUGGUCUGUUCUGUGAAUAAAUAGAACGCUGUCGUUUUAGCUUAAUGGUCUGUCAUGUGAAAAAAUAGGACGUUGUCGUUUUGUAAGAGUUGGGUUUUGGAAUGUUGUAAUACGAUGCCGUAUAAUGAAGAAGUAUAAAUACAGUGA